AGUAACCAUGCAACAAAUGCAAAAAUACUCUUGAAAUGCCAAAAAUAAUUGUCAUAUCUAUAUUAUAAUUUCCAAAAUAACUAAAUUAAGAGUAUACAUGAAAAAUCCCAAUUAACGAAAAUUAAUGUACUUAAUCAAACCUUACUAAUAAAUAUUUGUUUUAGGACCACAAAUACUUCUAAUAAGUACAUAUAAAUCAUUUUCCUUCUAACCACCAAGUACCGCAUCCCUAUAAUAUAGCUAGCUAAAUCUGGCCGAUAGUAUGUAUAGUGAGACGUCUACGUUUGAUCUCCUCCAGUUGGUUCAUCAUUCACCUAAAAAUUCAAACAUUGUAAUAGUUAGUAAACGUACCCAGCAACAACACAAAAAAAAGACAAAAUUACAGUACCUUGCAUUAUUGCUAUAAUAAGAAUAAUGUGUGAUGAAGAUGACAAUAUAAAAGAGAAAAAAUUAUAGUACAAAAAUUAAUGUACUUAAUCAAACCGAACUGAUAAAUAUUUGUUAUGGAUGUGGUUUGAAGCUAGCCACUACCCUUUUACAAAGAAAAUCAAGCAAAAAAAAAAACUCUUCCACUGCAUGUAAUUGAUGACUGAUUGUUUGUUGGCUUAUGAGUUUCGUCUGACUGAAUGUACAGGGACUUGGUCAAACUUUUGGGAGCUGCCACUGCAGGUAUCCAUUCCAUGACAGACGAGCAUUUUGGCAUAAGUGUUGUGGAAUUUAUGGCUGCUGGUGCAAUUCCAAUAGCCCACAACUCAGCUGGUCCGAAGAUGGACAUUGUGCUGGAAGAAGAGGGACAUCAAACAGGAUUUCUUGCACAAUCCGAGAAUGAAUAUGUAGAAGCUAUUCUCGAAGUUUUGAGAAUGCCAGAGAGUGACCGGCUAAAGAUUGCAGCUGCUGCCACUCAGUGCCAAUAUUGCUGUAAGUUGUUAGGGGAACUGGGGGACCCCAGAGCAUCAUAUGGCCUGAACUCAGCUUUGGCUGCGAGAGGUGUGAUUGUGGAGGACAAAGUUUUCCUGAAUUUGAAUGCCUCUGAACUAAAGCAGAAAGGAGCAACAACUACAGGUGCCAAAUCGUCUCCCAUUAUAUUCUCCUAG